AGGAGCAAAUUGCGGGAAGAAAAUCAAAAUGUCAGAGGUUUUCGGCCGUCGAACCCAGCCCUAAUUCUUCCGCCGCCGUUUAUCUCCUCGUCGUUCUCUCUCCAGAAAAAAACGCAUGAUGGCUGGAAGAGGGCACAUGCCUCACCAACCUUUUGAUGGUGGAAGGCAUCAUUAUCGUGAAGGGCCAUUUGUUCGUGGCCAACCUCACCCUGUGCUGCUUGAAGAACUUGACGUGCAACAGCAUGAAAUCCAUAGGAUUGUAGCUGACAACCAUAGGCUUGCUGAGGAACGCAUGAUGCUUCAGCGGGAUCUGGGUGCUGCAAAGGACGAAAUUCAUAGGAGGUCUAUGGCUAUUAAAGAAAUCCAUGCUGAAAAUGAAGCCCAUAUCAGGGAGCUGAUUGAGAAAGGCAUGAAGCUAGAAGCUGAUCUGAGAGCUACUGAGCCAUUAAGAAAUGAGUUGAUACAGCUUCGUGCAGAAGUUCAGAAGCUGAAUACUGUGAGGCAAGAACUUGCUGGCCAGGCUCAGAAUCUCACACAAGAGCUGACAAGGGCACAAGCGGAUAACAAACGCGUUCCUGCUAUGAGGUCUGAGAUUGAUGGUAUGAAGCAGGAGCUCGUGCGUGCAAGGGCUGCCUAUGAGUACGAGAAAAGGGGGAAUGCUGAGCUGCUGGAACAAAGACAGGCAAUGGAGAAAAACUUGGUUUCUAUGGCACGCGAAGUUGAAAAGUUGCGUGCUGAUUUAGCAAACAGUAACAAUAGACCAUGGGGUGUGGGUGGAGGUUAUGGGAUGAAAGUGGGCAGUGCCAAUGCACCCUUCCUUCCAUAUGGGGAUGGGUUCAACACUUAUCUGGGCGUUCCUGAGAAGGCACCCUUGUAUGGAACGGGGUCCGGAUCAUGGGGAGCAUCUGAGAAGUUCCAUUAUUUUGUACUAUCAGCUUUUUAUGUUUUAUUUUAUUUUUAUUUCAAGCUUGCUCUUUGUUCUACAACCUUUCGUUUGUGAUGAUUGUCAAUUAUUGAUCACGAACUAUUGGUGGCGGUCAGUUAUUUCACUUUAGUCUUAACCCUUAUUUUCUGUCAAUCUACUGUUGAAGGUGGAGGUUAUGGGAUGAAAGUGGGCAGUGCCAAUGCACCCUUCCUUCCAUAUGGGGAUGGGUUCAACACUUAUCUGGGCGUUCCUGAGAAGGCACCCUUGUAUGGAACGGGGUCCGGAUCAUGGGGAGCAUCUGAGAAGUUCCAUCUUGGGCACCGCUGAAAAAUUUUCUCGACUUGUCUCUUAAGUCGACCAUGGGUUCGCUUUAUGCAGCUGAUUAUCUGCACUAUAAAAGGGUUAGAAAUCUUAGCUUUAUCAGUUUGAGGCAGCUCUACCAGCAUUCUUCUGAGAAAUUGCUGUUGGCCCAGACAACAAAACAUAUAGAGGGAGAGAACCAAAUGUUUGGUGGUGGUUAACAGUUCCAUGCCACAAAGGGAGAACAGUGAAUUUUAUCGGACACAAAGGAUAGUCCAGGAAAUAAAGUUCUAGACUGGUAACUGAUGUUCUUUCAUUAUAAUGGCCGAGUUGGAGCUUAUAGAUCAUGCUUGUUCAUAUUUAAGUUGGUUUUUUCUGCACAAAACCAAUAUUCAUGAUCUUUAAGUCCUAUUUGGGAGAAAGGUACACUUCCUUGAAAGAAGAGAGGUUUGGGGCGGGGGAUAGGGUGGGUGUCAUUCAUAGGGGGGCUUAUUGAUCAUUCAUUUUUAAGUUGGUUUCUUUUCUGCACAAAACCGAUAUUCACAUGAAAAUUCAAGAUCUUUAGGUCCUAAUUUUUGGGAAGAAGGUAUGUUUCCUUGAGGAAGAGCAACGUGGAGAAUCUGUCCGUCGUUGAGGGACUUCCGUCAAUUGUAGUUCACCAAAUACUUAGCUCGAUUGUUUUCAAGUUGCAGCAAACUUGAAGGUUCAUUCUCAAUGGCUGAGAGAGAUCACAUCCCGCAACCUGAUAUACAAUGAUCCUUUGCCUGUUCUAUCGGAUUAUAUCGCUUUAAUUAUGUGCUGGUAACAAAGUGAGUUCUUAUUUUUUCUGUUGAAUGUGUUGCAGUAUGCUUCAUAGUCACUAGGACUAGGCCCUUGUGUCAUGGUUGAGUGAUUUUGUUUCACCUGCAGAUACAUGAGCUUGCAGACUACGUACUUGAUGAAGUGCUACUUCAGUUCAGUA